UGGGGCAAAUAUUUCUGUUUACCUGAGGAUUAUAUCAAAUAAUAUGUGAACGGAAUGUGAACAUUUUCCGUCCUCUCUAACCCCUCCCAAAACAAUGAACGGCUGCUGGUUCUCUGACGGGAGUGAUCCGCCUCCUGCACAGCGCACUCCUCGUUGGAAACGGAGCGGCGGCGGGAAGCUCGCUUCGCUUUUAGGCGAGACUGUCGCUGACCUUGGUGCUGAAAGCCCUUCACUUCCUUCUAAAGCCACUUGACUGUCAGUUCCCACCGACAACGUGACAGUUCGAGACAAGGAUCAGGAAAAAAACAUAUUUACUCACUUUGAUCAUUUAUCGGAAUCGUCGUUAUGAAGUUGGCGUUAUUUCGUUGAUUCUUAUCUGAGAUGGCAGCGCGUUCCCUUAUCGCACGCGGGUCGGUUCUUGAGUUUAUAAUGAUAAGUAGACAGGGCCAGAGUACUUUUCAUAUCACUCUUGUGUAGGCGUUUUUUUCUUCGCUCUCAACACCGUCGUGAAUUUUCCUGAUUUACAUCUUACUGAAUCAUUGAUCCGUUGGGUAUCGGUCCAGUAUGCUCUGUCAUCUCACACUGUGACAUGCUACUUUAACGUUAACGGAAAAAAGCGAGGGAAUUUUACAUUUGGACAUGGAUCCUCCGAAGGAGCCUGGUUUUGUUCCCAGUAAAGAGGGGCUGAAACAACUGGCAGGGAAGACACUGGGGAACGUGUACAAGGUGCUAGAAAGGCGACAAAAAACUGGCGAGAACAUUGAACUAACCGAAGAUGGAAGGCCUGCUCAGAUCAAAGAGAAAAAGCCUCCUCUGUGCGACUGCACGUGCUUUGGACUUCCACGCCGCUACAUCAUCGCCAUAAUGAGCGGCCUCGGGUUCUGCAUCUCUUUCGGUAUCCGGUGCAACUUAGGCGUGGCCAUAGUGAGCAUGGUUAACAACAGCACCAUUCACUUAAACGGAAAGAUCGUCAUCAAAGAGAAAGCAAAGUUUAAUUGGGACCCUGAAACAGUGGGAAUGAUUCAUGGCUCGUUUUUCUGGGGUUAUAUUGUGACGCAAAUUCCUGGGGGAUACAUUUCCUCUAGACUGGCAGCGAACAGGGUGUUUGGUGCUGCCAUUCUCCUCACGGCCACACUGAAUAUGUUCAUCCCCUCAGCUGCACGUGUACACUAUGGGUGCGUCAUAUUCGUCAGGAUAUUACAAGGGCUUGUAGAGGGUGUGACCUACCCAGCAUGCCAUGGUAUCUGGAGUAAGUGGGCCCCUCCAAUGGAACGAAGUCGUCUGGCCACAACCUCCUUCUGUGGGUCAUAUGCUGGAGCUGUCAUUGCCAUGCCCCUCGCUGGGAUCCUUGUGCAGUAUACUGGCUGGUCCUCUGUUUUCUAUGUAUAUGGCUGCUUUGGAAUUCUUUGGUAUAUGUUUUGGAUACUUGUGUCAUAUGAGAGUCCAGCUGAACACCCCACCAUCUCAGAUGAAGAACGCUGCUACAUUGAGGAGAGUAUUGGAGAGAGCGCUAAGCUGCUGGGUCCUGCAGAAAAAUACAAGACACCUUGGAAGAAAUUUUUCACAUCCAUGCCCGUCUAUGCAAUCAUCGUGGCCAACUUUUGUAGGAGUUGGACCUUCUAUUUGCUGCUCAUCAGCCAGCCUGCAUACUUUGAGGAAGUGUUUGGCUUUGAGAUUAGCAAGGUUGGCAUGCUAUCAGCACUGCCCCAUCUGGUAAUGACCAUUAUUGUGCCCAUUGGGGGACAGAUAGCUGAUCACCUUCGCAGUAAAAACAUCCUGUCUACUACCACAGUUCGAAAGAUCAUGAACUGUGGAGGCUUUGGAAUGGAGGCCACUUUAUUGCUGGUUGUGGGUUACUCCCACAGUAAAGGGGUCGCCAUUUCAUUUCUUGUGUUGGCUGUCGGGUUCAGUGGGUUCGCAAUAUCAGGUUUUAAUGUCAAUCACUUGGACAUUGCUCCUCGCUAUGCCAGUAUCCUGAUGGGAAUCUCUAACGGAGUUGGAACUCUAUCAGGAAUGGUGUGCCCUCUUAUUGUGGGAGCUAUGACUAAACAUAAGACCCGAGAAGAAUGGCAGUAUGUGUUUCUUAUCGCUUCCCUUGUCCAUUAUGGUGGUGUAAUCUUCUAUGGCAUCUUUGCCUCGGGGGAGAAACAGCCAUGGGCGGAUCCAGAGCUGACCAGCGAGGAGAAGUGUGGUUUCAUUGAUGAAGAUGAGCUGGCUGAGGAAACAGGGGACAUCACCCAGAGCUACGGUGCUUUGGGGGGUCCGGCCAAAACCUAUGGUGCCACCACACAGUUGAAUGGAGGAUGGGCAGAAGGAUGGGAUAAACGAGAGGAGUAUGUACAGGAGGGUGUGGAAGAAGGAGGUUAUGGAUACAGGCAGGGUGGGAAUUACUCUUAGACCUUACAAAACAUGCUAGCACACACAUCCUAAUGCACACAUGUCUAGAAGUACAGUACAUAAACAUACAGCUGCCCCAAAAAGUGUUUGUACACUUAAGUCACAAGAUAACAAACAGUCGAUGAGAGAUUUUCUUGUUUUUGGAAAACAUGAAAAAGUCAAGGUGAUUUUUAGUGCAUUUUUAAGUUUGACUUAAGUGUCCAUGUACUUUUGGGUCAGCUGUACAUACAGCACAGCAACAAAAUGUAUGCCCACACUGUAGAUUUUGUAGUGUUUGUGAGUUCUACAAAAAGAUUACCAUAAAAACUUUAAAAAUUGUUAUAUGGUUGCACAAAUGUAAAUGAUCAAAAUUUAAAUGAGUUAAAAAAUAUACAAAAGAGAUGUAACAUAUCAAAUUGACAGAAUGUAAAUGUUCUGUGUAUUUAAAAAGAGUGACUUUAUUUAAAGUGCAAUCAUGUGUCAAGUUGUGAAACAAAGUUUUUCACCCCAUUUUUCUGAGCCUUUGAACAUAGAAGCCUAUAGUGUUAGCUACUGGCUACUAAAGUCAUUCAUGGAGAAAUACUGCUGUAAAAAAAAAUCACUGUCUUUUUUCUGAUUGCACUGAGAGAGCUGUACUAUGUCAUUCAACACAGUGGGUUUGUUUAUACCUCAUGAUGUGUUACUCGUUCAUCGUACAGCAUAUAUAAUAUUAAUAAGAGAUUAAAGAGAACUUGGUCUUUGACACUGGAGUGUGAAAAAGCACAGUUUUAUAGAUGGUCAUAUAAAAGCAACAAAAGUUUUUCUCAAGCUCAGUUUCAUUAUGAUUGAAAGGUACUGUUCAGUGUGUUGUUUGCUGUAAAAGAUUUGCAAACAAGACUUCGUUGUUGCUUAAGAACGGUAUAAAUUGGAAACAUGUGGGAACAAGAGUUUACAUAAAGCAAAAGCACAGUGUGUCAAGCCUACACGACUCUUUAAUUGAAAUUUUUUACAUGUUCACUCCAUGCUAUUUUGACAUCUGUGAAUGUUGGUUAUGCAUGGGUUAAAAAAAAUGUUGUUUCUACAAAAGUAGUGUUUUUACAUUUUUUUUUUUUUACAUAAUUUUAGUUUCAGCUGUUACUAAUGUGUCAAUUCCUUUGCACAAUUAACCAAAGGUAACCUGCAGUGUGGGUUUUAGCUGGGAUGGGUGACAGUUUCCUUUAAGAAGACAAAAGGAGGACCUGUGAAAGGGGUUGUUUCACUCCAUGCAGCAGGUUGUAACCAUAUUCGAUGUACAAAGCAAUAAAUCCAUGGUAACAGUUACUUAUUAGUCAGUUUGUCCAAAAUAUGUAACACAUUAGCACAUUUACCUGUAAUAAUUUUACGUUUAACUGUUUUUGUGAUGACAAUUAAAAAGAAAAAAGAUUAAACAAAUAUUUACUGUCAAAAAUAUAUAUGAAUUAUAUUUAGAUUUAGCAAGAGUCCAGUGCAACUCUCUUUACUGUAAAGAGUUUUUGUGCUGGACCCACUCACCAGAAGAGAAUGAUUAUUAAGUGUCACCUGCAACUGGUUCCUGUGUUAAACUCUAUGGUUCGCAGUUUCGCAGGUGGCCGCACCUCUGUAGUUGUCCUGUAUGGUUGCCAGUGGUUGCUUUUUGGAAGUAUGUUGUUGUCAGAUAUAUUUUACGUUAAUCCUCUCUUUUGUACUUCCCUUUCGUUUCUGGUCUGUGUUUUGUCUGUGGCUAGAAAAUUGCUGCCUUUCCCUUCUUUUCCCUCUUUUCUCCUUGCCUACUACUGUUGCAAUAUUUGGCAACACAAGGAUUGUGUGUAAAGGUAUUCAAAAAUGUUCAAAAAUGACAGUAAUUGCCUGAUGAUGUUGAGGUACCUUAUUCUUGUUCCCUGCCUAUGAGUGAAGUGUGGUUAUAUGGCUUCUUUUGCUGUGUUACUGUAAAUGGAGAGGUAUGUUAAUGUGAAAUUGAAAUGCUCUAUAUAGCCUUUUUAUAUAUAUAUAAAAAAAACAAUGAACAAAACUAUA